UCUAAAUUUAGAUAUAUUUCAUGUAUACAUACAGUACACUUCCCAGUAAUGUUUUACAUAGCCUACAUUGCGUUGUAUUUGAAAAUGUUGCACAUGUGAGAAUCAUUUAAUAUACGAAAGCAUUAACAUAUGAAUGUAUAUCAAGAAAUUGCUGUUUUCUAAUAUAACAUUUGUAUACGUUUGUACUAAACCACGUAGGUCGUGAGUUGUCGAAGUGCAGAAUAUGCAUGCGCGGCAGCGCGCCUGAGUAACAUACUGGGGAAAUGACGGCCAUUAAUUUCCUUUCAACCCUAAUUUGGCACACCUGAUGAUACUAAUUAGCAGCUCAACGAGGUCUCUAGCUGUUGAAUGAGGUGUGCUUUGUCAGGAUUGGAAUGAAAACUUACAGUGGAUAGGAGUAGAUCUCCAGAAACACGGUUGGGCAUCCCUGUUCUAGAUGGGGAAAGGUGAACGUGUCGCUUGUGCCGUAUCCGGAUUACAAACAUUUAUAUCUAGUGUUGCGGUUGCAACGUGAAGAGUCUAGGGCAGGCAUUGAGAUGCCUGGACACAAUGUCCGAGUGUCUGCACGUGUGUACGCGCAUUAAAUAUAUGGACAAAAUAAUGGACAUGUUUGUAAACUGAUACGAGGGGUACUGAAUUCAGCGCAUUAAAACGUCUUCGGAUUUGGUUACAACAGUGAUUAAAAACGGUAAACUAACGUUAAAUGCGCGUAGAGAAACUCGUUGAAUUUCAUUGGCCUGCAGCAAGGGCGGGGGCGGAGACCGCGUUAGAAUAUAUCCAGGAGUGCGCAAGCUGAUGGUGUGUGCGUGUUGAGGAAGGCGGUGAUGCUUGAAUUGUGUUGAGCAGUGAAAAGGUACAGACAUAUGUACGGCUGACAGGUUCAUAACUACCACUCGAAGUAUAGUCGAAAGAAUAACCGAACACAGUUGCACUGAAUUCUGAGUUUCCAUUUUAUCACAAUUUAUUUUUAAAAUGUAUUAAAAAGUUGCUGGACUUACUCCUGCGUAAAACAAUAAACGCAUCGUUUCUAUGGAGACAGUCGUGUCCCUGAAUGCAGGAGAACAUCUUUGCAGUCGCAUGCUUUCCAGUCAUCCUUGUUUUCACUGAAUUUUUGCAAUGGGAAGCAUUUUGUUCAGGGCGAUAGAAUGGUAUAUUUUGUUCCUGGCGCUCACCAGAAUUUACGCUUCGACUGACGGUGGACAGCUAGAACCCGUCGAGACUGGAUCCGGGAUGCUUCUGACCGAGGAGGUGGACCUGCUGGAGCAGCUCUUCUGGCAGGUGGGGAACAGCAGUAACUCCUCCAUCACCCUGGAGGGACAGAAGUGCCCUGUGCUGCAGGUGGGGCAGUACUCCACCCUCUCCCUGCCCCUGCGCCAGGUCUUUGGAGCCAGAUUUGCGGACGAGUUCAGCCUCCUGCUGCAGCUGCGCAGCACGCAGGAGGAGGAGCGCAGCCUGCUGACCCUCCUGAGCCCCCACAGCCACAUCCUGCUGCAGAUCCGCCUCAACCCCUACACCUUCACCCUGGUCACCACCCAGCAGCGCCACUACGAGUUCCCGGUUGGGGCGCUGUCGGACGGGCGGUGGCACCAGGUGUCGGUGGGCGUGUCCGCGCGGAGCUUGGACCUGUACGUGGACUGCGUGCUGACGGAGAGCGUGAACUGGACGUCCCCCGGCAUGGACAUCGCCACCGACGGCCUGCUGAUGGUGGGCGGCAUCGUCGAGGACUUCGAGACGCCCUUCGAGGGCGGCCUGAGGCAGCUGACGUUCCUGAUGGGCGACCCGGAGGCUGCCCGCGACCACUGCACCCGCCAUGUGCCCGCGUGCGGCGGGGUCCCCCCGAAACCGCCCCGCUCACCAAAACCGCCCCGCACCCUGGAGGACCUCAUCCUCUCCUCGAAUGACCUGGAGGACCUGCUGGAGAGUUCCGAGACCUCUCUCGGCAUGCAGGACCCGCUAACCGGGGGCAGUGCCCGAGGUGACGGGACGACCCCGCUGGGCCCCAUGAGGCCGGGCACGCUGGAGCGGGGCGACGUGUUCCUGCUGGAGGAGGACACGGACCUGGCCGAGCCGAACCUCCCGGCCCCCGGCCGCAAGAAACGCCCGCGUCCCAAGCCCAGCUCCGCCUCCAAGCUCCGGGAGGAGAACAUCACCGCCGACAAGACCAAGCCCGGCGGCGGGGCCCGGCGGCCCUUUCCCGGCAAACCCUCCGAUGACAUCAUCGACCUCGACUCCGCCUCCAACCCCUCCCGCGGCCUGAAGAAAACCCCUGCGGGGGGGAAGACCCCACCCGAGCCUUCCACGCCCACCAGCGCCUUGCCCCGCCCCCAGCAUCCUGACUCCAACCGGCUGAGGGAGGACGAGGUUCCCCCCUCGACCUCGCCCCCCUCCCCCGUCGACGCCGCCCGGUCCGGGUCGGAAUCGGAGACCGUCACGGUGGGGCAGGACCUGGCCACGCCCACGCAGCUCAGCAGCAGGCCGCCGGCCACGGGCACGCCCUCAGGGACAGCCAAGGUCCCCCCCAGAGAUGGUGACAUCGUCCGAGGCUCCGACAACAAGAUGUACAGGGUCCUGAAAGGCCCCCCAGGGCCAACGGGGCCCUUCGGGAAGCCAGGCUGUCCCGGGCCGAGAGGCUAUGCUGGAUAUAAAGGUGACAAGGGCGCCAGGGGUUCGAUGGGUCGGGACGGGCCCAGGGGCAGGCCGGGACCCCUUGGCCCACAAGGACUGCCAACGUUCUACCUGUGGAGGAACACCCUGGAGGACUGGGCUGCCUUUAGGCGAACCUCCAUCUUCCAGCUGCUGCAAGCGGGCUGGCCUAGAGAACAGGGACCUCCUGGACCAAUGGGAGCCCCAGGAAAGCCAGGCCUGCCUGGGCUGCAGGGGGAACCUGGAGACAGAGGGCCACCCGGGCGUGUGGGGGACAUGGGUGACCCAGGGCCAAAGGGUGUGGCAGGCAGGAAGGGAAGAAACGGGCAAGAUGGGGAACCUGGACAAGAUGGGCAGCCAGGUCUCCCGGGGCACCCAGGGCCAAAGGGACCUCAAGGAUUCAAAGGAGAGUCGGCCCACCGAGGAGAGAAAGGAGAUGAGGGCCUCGUUGGCGAAGAGGGCCCUUACGGAGAGCAGGGUGAACUGGGAGAGAGGGGUUCUAAAGGGGAACCAGGUCACCCAGGACCGACUGGCCCACCUGGGCCGAAGGGCAUCAAAGGGGUGGAGGGUCUUCAGGGCCCGCCGGGGCCAGAGGGGGAGCCUGGGCCUGAUGGUGACCCAGGACUUCCUGGGCUGAUGGGAGCUCCAGGCCUGACGGGCGCGGUUGGGGCACAGGGGGUGAAUGGAUCUCAGGGUGAUCUCGGACCUGCCGGAACCACUGGCCAUAGGGGCCCUCAGGGUCCACAUGGCCUGGAUGGAAUACGAGGGCCCCCAGGCCCCCGGGGUCCCCAGGGGAAGCUCGGGAAGGAGGGUCUCCCUGGUCCAAAAGGAGACCCAGGCCGGCCAGGGCCUGUAGGCCCCAGGGGAGAGCACGGGUUCGAGGGGCCAAUGGGUGCACCGGGAGCACCGGGCCCUCCAGGGAUUCUGGGAAACGCAGGAAACAGAGGGCCGGACGGGGAGAGGGGGGACUUCGGGCUGAAAGGGGACAGGGGUCUUCAGGGCGCUCCAGGAAUCAGGGGUCCCCAAGGAGAAGAGGGGUCUUCUGGUUUCCCAGGAUUCCUCGGGUCCAAGGGUCAAUCAGGUCCCAAAGGGAUCCAGGGCGAAGAUGGGGAAGAGGGGUCUCGGGGAAAAGCUGGCGUGAUGGGAUUGAAGGGGAACAGAGGACCCGAUGGCCGCCAGGGGAAGGCAGGAGUCAGGGGGCCUAAGGGUCGUACAGGACAACGCGGGCCUACUGGUAUUCCUGGGAUGUCGGGUCUGCCAGGCCCUCCUGGGACAGAGGGACCUGAAGGAAAGCCUGGUACACAGGGCCUCACUGGUGCAAUAGGAAGCCCUGGCAGUAGAGGACCCAGAGGGUUUCAGGGUGCUGGGGGAGAGCCUGGAGAGGGAGGUUCCGCUGGAGCCACGGGUCCACCGGGACAGCCGGGACCGCCUGGUGCCCCUGGACCAAACGGAGACAGAGGUUUCAGUGGGAAGGCAGGUGUGGAGGGGCCCCAGGGACCUGUAGGCAUGUAUGGUUAUCCUGGAACAGUGGGAAUGCGCGGAAGACCGGGUCACAUGGGAGAGAGGGGGGAGCCUGGUUUGAGAGGUCUCCGGGGUCUCAUGGGGAAACAAGGAGCUCCAGGUAAACCAGGACCUCCGGGAGAAAGAGGCCCCCCAGGACCACAGGGUCGCCUGGGAGACACCGGACCCACAGGGCUGGAUGGACCACCUGGCCGCCCUGGUCUCCCAGGCACGGACGGAGCAUUGGGGAAGCCAGGGGCCCCAGGAAGCAAAGGACCACAGGGGCCACAGGGUUUGGAUGGGCCCCCUGGAAAUCCAGGCAAAGAGGGGGAGCAGGGAUUGAUGGGACCAGCUGGAGAGAAGGGGGACAGGGGAAUUCUGGGACCCCCAGGGGAUGCUGGCCCCCAAGGACUAGACGGAGAACAGGGUGUCAUGGGUCCGGCCAGCGUGGAGGGUCCACCCGGGGAGAAAGGGGAACAGGGGGAUCCAGGUCCCUGUGGAAAGGUUGGCCCCGAAGGGCCCAAAGGAUACCCAGGGCCUCAGGGUGCCAAGGGCCUGCCGGGCGAGCUGGGCCAGCCGGGCAAUGAGGGUGACGCUGGGCCUCCUGGAGAACGGGGAGACCCAGGUCCUAAAGGAGAAAAGGGCGAUGUGGGCCCCAUUGGGUUUCAGGGACUGGAGGGGCCUGCCGGGGACCUCGGGGACAAUGGGGAGAGGGGCCCCAAAGGGGAGAAGGGCCACAUUGGAAUGCUGGGCCAGGUGGGAUUGCUGGGCGGAAUCGGACCCCCCGGUUUGGCUGGACUAGAGGGAGCUAUGGGGCCACAGGGACUCCCAGGGCCAGAUGGAGCUCAGGGACUGAAGGGGGAGGUGGGGCCCAAUGGUCUGAUUGGCCCCUCUGGAGACCCAGGGCCUCAGGGCGUGGCAGGUCAGGUGGGACUGAAAGGAGCCAGGGGAAACCCAGGACCUCGGGGGGCCGUAGGAAAGCGGGGUCCCUGGGGACCCGUUGGCCCAAAGGGGCUGGAAGGACCGGAGGGGGGAAAGGGGCUGUCGGGGGAGAAAGGGGAGCCAGGAGAGGAGGGGCCGGAGGGUUUGCCAGGGAUCAGAGGGCCCCCUGCCCUGCCCGGAUUAGAGGGGUCCCCAGGUGAGGCAGGCGCUCGGGGGGCACCAGGACCACCAGGAUCCCAGGGUCCCAUUGGCGGUCCAGGGCCCGCAGGAAGACAGGGACCAAAGGGAGAAAAGGGGGAAGAUGGAAAAAUUGGUCGUCAGGGAAAAACGGGUCACGUUGGACGGAGGGCCAAAUCGGGGAAGGCAGGAAUGAGGGGCACGCGAGGACCCAGAGGAGAAAAGGGAGCGAGAGGAGAGCCUGGAGUGAUGGGUCCCCCAGGGAGGCAGGGACCUUUCGGUAUCCCCGGCUUACGAGGGGAAAAUGGGGGUCCUGGUCUGAAAGGGACGGAGGGGGAGAAAGGGACCAUGGGCCCACCGGGGCCUCCUGGAGGAGACGGACUGAAGGGCACCCAGGGUUCUCUGGGGGAAUCGGGCCCACCGGGACAGAAGGGAGACCAGGGACACAUCGGUCCCAUCGGGACACGUGGGGACCCUGGAAUGCCCGGACUACCUGGAUUGUUUGGAGAAAAGGGACUGAAAGGGUUUGAAGGACUGCCAGGACCAGCUGGGCCGAUGGGGCUGCCUGGGCCACCUGGUCCCCCAGGUCCACCGGGGCCCGCAGUGAACCUCACACUGACAAAGCUAAAGGAGCUGACGUAUGUGUCGGACAGGCCCGAUUACCCGCUGAUCCAGUCGCUGCUCGACUCGCUGCAGCGGGACCUGCGGCUGCUCGUGGACCCGCCCGACGGCACCAAGGAGCGCCCGGCCGCCACCUGCCUGGAGCUGUGGCUGUGCCGGCCCGACUUCCCCAGCGGGAUGUAUUACAUCGACCCAAACCUCGGCAGCCCAGCGGACGCUCUCCUGGUGCACUGUAACUUCACCACAGCCGGGGGGCAGACCUGCGUGUCCCCCAGGAACGAACAGGUGCCCAUUAAAGCGUGGCUGAAGGACUCUGGAGCUGAAAGCUCUUUCCAUUGGCUGAGCACGCUGGAGAGGGGCUUCCAGUUUGAGUACCCAGGCGCCAGUGUGGUCCAGAUGAGGUUCCUCCGGCUGAACAGCCGUUCGGCCACGCAGAGAGUGACGUUCUCCUGUCGCCAUGGGAGCAGGCUGGGGCCGAGGGAGAGAGACGUCAAAUUCCUGGCCAACACACGGAGGCAGAGUUUCUUGGGCACGCUGAGAGACUGCGUGCAGCCCGUGGAAGAAGGGGAUUCUGGGCCGCAGCAGUCCACAUUUCAGUUCGAUGAGCUGGACCUGCUCCCGAUCCGGGACCUGGCGGUGUUUGGCAGCAGCGACCUCACGCAGGAGUUCGGCUUCACCAUCGGGCCAGUGUGCUUCAGCUAAGGAGGGGUCCCCCUUCCCAACACCCCGUCAACAUCACCACCACCCCCAACGCCCUCUCUCCCCCCACCACACACACCUCUCCUUACAAGUGGGGCCCACAUGCCACUGCAGACUGGACCAGGAGAAGCCAGAAGAAUGAGGAAAAAAAGGGAAUCUCUACUCCUCUGUCCCACAAUUCCUUGUUUUCCGUUGAUCACCAGAGAGAGGUAGCUGCACUAGCAGGACCAUGCUCUCCCGCGUUUCUCAUGGUUUACAGAGGCAGACCCGGCUCCGCGUUUUACUCGUAUUUAAGACUCCCUGUGAGAGUGGCAACAUCUCCAGAAAUGGGUUCUCCAGAAGGACUACCUUGUUUUUUCCCGUUUGAAUUUCCUGUUUGUGUUUACAGAGACAUUUAUAUUGAAACAUUUUGUUAAUUUAUAUAUUUUAUGUUUUUCGGUUUGUUUUCAUAUAUAAUGGUACUUUUUUUAUUGUUAAUCCAGGUUUUUUUUAAAUAGCAGUGGUAUAAAUACUGUACAGUCAUUUUAUUUGAUUUUUUUAACUCGAUCAGCUCACGAUGACUUUAAUGCUCAAGUGUUCGAGGCCCUGAGAGCUGUUGCUAAUAGUAUGGCAGACUUUUCUUGCACAACUUCAACAAUGUGUUCCUGUGCAGAACACAGCUAAUAUUCUCUCAGAUGGGCUCACAAAGCACUACUACUACCUCCCUUAAGGGUUGUUGGUUAGUUGAAUCUCUCAGUAAACUGACUUAAAAUUUUAAAAUCUCAUGUGUAACAAACUGGUGCCCGACCUGUUUUUUUUUCAGUUCACUUUAAACGGUAAGUGUGGUGGAUUAACCUUUACCCUGAUGCUAAAAUGAGAAUGAGCACCCGGCCUCAUACUGAAAUAUGCGUUCUGGCAGCUGAUUCCCUACCUGAUAGGAACCCAAUUCAUGUUGCUGACAUUCGCAGGAGCGGAGAGGAAUUUUUUAUGUUCCCCUCUUUCCAGCGACAGUUGAUAUGGGGAUAUAUGAAUUUGAAAACCGACCGGAGGAUGUGCAAAUCCAUACGCAGCACAUUCCGAAUUCCCAGCAAGCAGCUUCACAAGGGCAUCCAGACUUAGGGAGGCUGAUAAAGGGCGACAUAGCUCAGGAGGUAAGACCGAUUGUCUGGCAGUCGGAGGGUUGCCAGUUCAAACCCUGCCCUGGGCGUGUCGAAGUGUCCUUGAGCAAGACACCUAACCCCUAACUGCUCUGGCGAAUGAGAGGCAUCAAUUGUAAAGCGCUUUGGAUAAAAGCGCUAUAUAAAUGCAGUCCAUUUACCAUAAAGCAGUCUGCUUGACCUUUCAGAAAGGCACGUUAAGUUGGUGCUUUGUAGUAUUCAAAGACUGUGGGUAGACGAUGGAGAUCUCAGGUUAAACAACUUAAGCUGUUAAACAAAUGCACAUUAAAAAUUAAUAAAUAACAUCAGCUGUGUACAACAAUAACAAAAUUUGCAACAAUAUGAACAUGUUACACUUCAGCAAAGAAAGGGCUUGAAUCUUUUGUGUUUGUACUGCAGGGUAUUGCGUAUUUGUUUCAAAUAUGUUGACACGUUUCUCCUUUGUGAACUGACCAACAAUGCCCUUACUGUAGACUUCAGGGAGUCGUGAAGCAAGUACCUACAGUGCCAUCUUCAGCCUCCUGUCCAUCACGGCUAACCAAAGACACACAUCUCGGCGUCUCCUGCUAAAAUUGCUGUAGUCAGUGCAGUCGUGUACUGAACAUGAAUACCUGUACCUUGCAAAAUAAUGCUCUUAAAUGCUACAGGUGAUGUGCAGGUAAUUUUGCUUUUGCUUGUUGAAUAUGUGUUCAGUGAUCUCUUUUGCCUACAGUGCUGUUUAUGUAACGUACAUGAAUAAGAUCAGUAACUAUUCCACAGUCAUUUUUUACCAGUCGUGUGCCCAAGGUUAGCCUUUUGGUACAUUGUUGCAUAGCUUCAGUGAACUUUCACAUCAAGCCCCAGUACACAUUAUGGGAACAUAUCAAUUUUAAAUAUGGUUGACUUAGCUGGCUGAGACUAAUCCAUUGGUGCUAUACCUGAUACAGCAAAUGUUUUUUUCCCAGUCAUUGUUUUUGUAUUAUUAGCGUACUUGUUGCAAUAUUUUUUUAUUAAAUGAUAUGCUGGUCAUUUGUUUUAGUUUUAUGAGUGGUUCACCCUUGAAAUCACAGCAGUGUAUCAGAUCAAUAAACAAUUACUUUAUUCA